AUGGAGUGCGAGAAGUGGUCGGAGGAGUGGGUGGCCAGCAUGGCCCGGAGAACUCUUCAGCCUCCGAUUCGCAGCGCCUACGACCUGGCUGCCAUGACGUGGCUAACUGAGAAGGAGCAGGUGCAGAAGAUCCAUUUCCAGGAAAGCUACCGGAAGGAGCGCCUCUUCCUACCAGCCGUGACUAUGCCGGCGUCCACAGCGCCACAGCAUGGGAUGCAUCUGCUUGGGGCGAGCCAUAGGCUGAAACAGCAGAAGGUGGCUGCGAGGCAUGGUCGCCAGAGGUGGCGCUUCAUGGGGAAAGCGAGAUCCACAGAGGCCCAGACUGUGACGAUGACAGAGCCAGCUGAGCGCGACGAGUAUGUGCCAGCUGGAUGGGGUAACCUGAAGGACUACGUCCACGGGGUCAAAAUUGGGCCUGGCAGUCUCUUCAGUCAUCACUGGGAUCGGCCCACGCCCUCCGGGAUCCAUCCGAACCCUCCGAAAUCCCGGGGAAAGCUGAUGCGCCACCACACCCUACACAUGUAG